CUUAGAGAAAUGUCACAAUACUUCUCAUAGUAAAAUUAUUGAGCAAAUAACAAGUCAGUUAGUUAAUAUUAAUCAAGAGCAGCUUGCUAUAUUACUUGAAUUUUUAAAUACUGGAUCUGUAACUAAUAAAGAACUUAUGGAUCAGAAAUUAUCUUUAUUUAAUAAUGAUAAUGCUAUAACAAAGAAACUUACAGAUCAGAAGUUAUCAUUAUCUAAUAAUGGACCUGUAACUAAUGAAGAACUUACAGAUCAGGAAUUAUCAUUAUCUCCUUUAACUAAUGAAGAACUUACGAAUCAGGAAUUAUUAUUAUCUUCUGUAACUAAUGAAGAACUUACAAAUCAGAAAUUAUCUUCAUUUAGUAAUGUUAUAACAAAAGAACUAAUGGAUUAUCUGCUGAUUCCUAUUGAUGGCUGUCUAAAUGUCUUUAUAGCAGUUGCAGAAGAUGUGAUACAUGAUGAUGGUGGUGGAGAAUGA